CGCAUGCGCGGUGGCUCUGUACUGCAGAGAGAGGAGGAAUCCUGCAGCCUGACUGACACAGCCGGCAGGACAGGACAUGGGAAUGUGAGCCCGUACUGAAAUCUCCGGGCAGGAUAAGGAAUGGGUGCGGGGCCAUGAAGGACGCUUUCUAACGAGUUGGAGGACGCACUGCUGUUGUAGCCGACUGGAAGCUUUGCCUUAUCAUGGCCUUGUCCGCCGGCAACUCCACGCCUCAGAGCAACGAGAUCAAGCAACGCAAGUCCUACUCGCUGCUCUUCUACAAAGCCGUGCGGGACCUGAAGCCCGUCUGGAUGCUGGAGGACAUGCGGACCAUGGAGACCUUCUACCAGGAGGAGGACGCCAGCCAGAGGACUUACACCCCCUCGGAGGCGCUGCUGUACGCCAUAGUGCACGACCACCAGGCGUAUGCCCAGUACCUGCUGAGCCACUACACCGACGAGGCGCUCGCCAAACCCGGGGAGCGUUUCUGCUGCUGCCCGUCCUCCGCCCCGCAUCUCGCCAUGGCCGUGCGCUACGACCGGCGCUUCAUCCUGGGGCUCAUCCUGCAGGAGGCGCACCGGAUGCCCAGCAUGCCCUCGUACAUGAACAGAGGAGGGUGUUUCCACAUGGAGGAUGGCAAGACCCCUUUGCAUUUGGCGUGCGAGCUGCAGCGUCCCGAGGCGGUCAUCAUGCUGCUGGGGAACGGAGCGUCCCCCCACGCCGAGGACCACAACGGCCUGACCCCCCUGGAUGUUGCCCUGGAGAACCUGCGGGACUCCAAGGUGAACGGCGGCGAGAAGAGACAGUGCCUGGACAAUUUGUUGAUGUUCAUGUCCGAGGUUAAUUUCAAAAUGAAAGCGGCUCUAGACACAGAGCCGGACAGCUGGACUAAAGUGCUCGGCGAGGAGACGUUCAAGUACCUGGUGGGGAAGAGCCCGGCCCCCCUGGUGCUCACCGCUAUGCAAACUAUCCUGAAGCAGCUGAGCCCCGCGACGUUCCCGGACAGCCUGCAUGAGCUGCCCAUCCCCUCCUCCCUGAAACCACAAGGUCUACCUUCCAGCCAGCACCAAAAGCUCAGACUCGCAUAGCAUGAUUAUUCUUAUUCUGACAUGAUGCAAGCCUGCCUAAUCCACUGUAUGAACCUGUUAGUCAAGCAUGACGUGGGUGUGCGUGUGUGUGUUUGUGUGUGAUCAAAAAAUAAGACUUUCUAAGGUGAAAGGGUGCAGAAAUAAACUCAUGCAAGAAGGAAGAAACAACAUGAACUCAUGCACUCGCAGGGAAUUCCUGUAGUUCUAGGUGAAAAAAAAAAAAAAAAAUGAAUCAGCCUUACUUUAGUCAGCACCGGUAAGUAGUGUUGACUGCAUACUUUUAUUUCUGCAUAAUGGUUUUAGGGCUGGGUGAUAUGGACAAAAUCAAAUAUGAUAUCUUUGACUAAAUACCUCAAAAUCCAUAUUGUGUGAGGACCGUAGGUGCUUUCAUAAGAUAUUUACACAUAAGACAUUUUUGGAAAAAGUCAUAAAUAACGUCCAUGACAACCAAACCGGUAGAGGACAGUUAAAACAGGUUGUUAAGUUGGGAAAAUGGCAUCCUUUUUAUUAUAAUGAAGCCUUUUAAACCAAGGAAAUACAACACUCAUGAUGUAAAGUCUCCAAAAUCCCAGAAAAUAUUUAGUUUUGUAUCACAACACUGAUAAUAUCAACACAUUGCCCAGCUCUAGAAUUAAUUAAUGGUGUUGACUAAAAGGUAAUUAUCACGGGGGCUGAAUGGGUUGUAACCCAGUUUACAAGGCAUGAAAAGUGUAGCCAGGGGUGUUGUAUGAAUUUAGUGGCCUGAACAAAAAAAAUAAAUAAAAUAAAAUCCAGAGCCUGACCUCCACUGCCAGGUCAGCCUCUCUCUCAGGACUUUUCUUAGUUGCCUAUUUUUAACUGCCAAUUACCAUCAGGAACAGUGCAGCUUCAGCCGGAAACAGCUGCAGCCGAAGACUUAGAGACCAAUUGCUCUGACAUGUCAUCUUUUGCAGAGUAAAGGAACGUGCGAGUGCAGAUGCGCCUGCGUUUCAGAAAAGACCCAUUGAGAUUGAAAUUUACUUUGCGAGAGGCAUCGGGCCAAGAAGGCAGCGUAAAACAAAACAUACAAUUGCAGUCUCAGCCAGUUACACAGGAGCAUCUUGUCUGAGCAUGAAAAGCCAGCCAUUUAGAAUGCAUUUAAGUUAAAAGCCUUGUGUAGUCUGAAUAUAUAAAUAGAGACCGCACACAAAGACCAAUACAUACUAUAUAUAGGUGAGAAAUUAUAUGUCUAGAUGUGAAAGGUUGCAGCACUUGGGAUUGGGUGGUUCACUUGAAAUCUGAGACUAUAAAAGGUUAAAUCAAUCACGGUGGUGUUGGCUGCGUCUAUUUUUUGUCGUGGUGAAGGUUUAUGAUUGAAUAUGUGAAGAUGGAUUGUUGAUUGAAUUAACAAGCCUGCGGUAAAAGCAGCUGAACUCGUGCAGCUUUGUACAUGUUCCCACCUCGACCGCUUGAAAGUUCUGAUGUGGGAAGUAGGAAAUUCCGACUUUCCUAGUGGUCUUGAAUGCAACGUACAACCCAGCCCUCCCUUUUGUAGUUACAGUGGGGCAUUCACUGUAAUGUCACAUUGUAAUGACAAAUGAUCCCAUGUAAUGGUUAAAAAAAAAAUACAUCUAUAAUCUUCUGAUCUAAUGAACAUUCACAUAAUCAAAUCAGAAUUUGAACAAAA